AUGGCAUUCAGCUCGACGCCCUUUGGCUUCCCUUUCAGUAAAAAUGCCAGCACGAGUAUUCGUGGUUCAAUUUCGGAGGCUACACGCCGCCCAAGCAUAGCCACCCCGUCUCGUUCGAGCGCCGAGUUCGGCCAUAGCGAGUUGGGCUCCCCGAAUCAGCAACUUCCGCUGUACUCUGAUACAUUCCGGGUUAUCGUCAUAGGUUCACUGAACUUUGACCACAUCUGGGUUGUACCCCGUCUCCCGCAACCAUCUGAGACCUUGAUGAUUGCCAAGCAUAAGACUGCCCCUGGGGGCAAGGGAGCCAUCCAAGCAAUAGCGUGUGCAAGACUCUCACACGCUCGCAGUGCGAGCCCCGGUGGUGCAGGACGUUUUCCCCGGAGAUCCGAAUCCUAUCACGCUCCGAGUGCCAGAAGACCUAGUAGCCAGGACCUUAAGAAUGUUAGCAUUAAAGUCAGCAUGAUCGGUGCCGUUGGAGAAGACCAAGCGGGACACCGGAUAGUGCAAGCUCUUUACGCAGACAGGGUUGACACUGAACAUAUCCUUCAGUGCCGAGACGAGGAGACCGGGAGAGCGAGCAUUGCCCUAGGAAAGAACGGCGAGAACAAUGUGCUGGUCUGUCCUGGUGCCAAUUACAGGCUGACUCCGAACCAAAUUCGGGCGGAUCUUCGCGAAGGUUCACCGCAUCUCCUCAUUCUGCAAAUGGAAAUCCCUGUUCAGACCGUUGAACACCUCAUCAGGAAGGCUGCAGAGGAGAAGAUCCCGGUUUUGCUCAAUGCAGCCCCAGUAAUGGACAGCUUCCCGCGAGAUAUUCUUGGAUCUGUGGAACACCUCAUCGUCAACAAGCUCGAAGCCGAAGACCUACUGAACCAACGCUCGACCGCGAGCAACGUGUCAGGGCAACGGUUCGAACAAGAGGGAGAUCGAGAAGUGGAAAUAGCGAGGGGAAGAGAACUGUGCAAAUCCUUGCUGGGGUUCGGCAUGAAGUACGCUGUUGUCACAAUUGGAGGCCAUGGAGGGGUGGCUGGUUCCAGAUCAGAAGACGGUAAAACACACAUCUCCGAUUACAAGGCUGCAGAUGUCGAAAAGGUCGUCGACACAACAGGCUGUGGCGGCGUCUUCAUCGGGGCGUAUGCGGUUCAGUACAUCCGGCAGAAGUUCUCGGUGGGAGGAGGGUUUGACAUCGCUCGAGCUGUGGCUUGGGCGGCCAAAGCAGCUGCCAUGAAGGCCAAGUCUUUCGGCUCUCUCGAGGGGAUACCAUGGGAAGAUGAGCUUGAUGCAGCCUAA